CCAUUUUGAGUGGAGAAGGCGUAGUGUAAACAGCCGCAGCACAGCCAAACAAAAGGACUAAAGGAUUGAGUUUUUUUCGCCGACUACAUGGAAAAAAGUAAGCAGAAUGCGAAACUACCGUACCGGGAAAAACUUAACAACGAGGCCAGGGACCGUUACUUGGCCAAACUGUCGGAUAUUAACGGCAUAGAUCCCUAUGAUCUCCGGAGCAAAGACUGGAGCUCCGACGUCUCUUCACUGCCUCCGACCUCAUCAGUGGACAUAACCACUUACCUAGUGUUUGGCGUCAGUGCCUACACGUGCGAGGAAUUCAAGGCAUAUAAAUCACUGGAAGCACACGGACAGUUCACAAAUGGCUGGGUUCAGGAUCUGUUUUCCUACCGACCACAGAUGUGCAACAACACAGUUGUUACUGCAAAGGUCAUGCACUCCCAAAGACUAAACGACACACCACUGAAACCCUGGGCCAUCAUUGACCGAUCAGGAGCCAUAUCAUCUGCUCACUGUACAUGUAUGGCUGGGAUAGCAGAGACCUGUACGCAUGUAGCUGCCAUGCUGUUCAAGUUGGAGGCCACUAUCAGAUGCAGGGAGAAAACAACUGUUACAGGAGAGCCUGCAUACUGGAUGAUACCGAACAACAUAAACAAAGUGGGAGCGGAGGUGGGACACAAGAUCGAUUUUACAUCAUCAAAAGCUAAACGGAAAAGCCUAGACCAACUCUUGGAUGGUCAGGCCGAACACAUGCCAGCGCUCAGAACUGUCACAAGCACCUGCACAGGCAACACCAGCACACAGGACCAGUGGAGCGCAUAUCUUUGUGAACUGCAGAAAGCCUCACCUAAAGCUGCUGUUUUGUCUUGUGUACCAGGAUUUUGUGAUUCAUUUGCAGACACAUUACAGCCAUGUCCUGCACCAGAUUCAUUGUCCCGACUGCGUGAUAAAAAAAUGGAUUGCAGUGAUUUGUCUGCGUUACGGUUGCACUGCAAAACUUUGUUAAAAAAGGCAGACAUUUCACAGGACCAGGCCCACUACAUAGAAUUGCAUAGUAGAUCACAGCACAGAUCCUCAACAUGGUAUCGGUUUCGCACAGGAAGGGUAACAGCAUCAACCAUGCACGCAGUCUUUCGGUCAGAUUUGGACAACCCUGCAGUUUCAACCGUCAAAGCAGUAUGUGGCACAAACAGCGGUGCAACCAAUCAUUGUGCUGCCACUGUAUGGGGGAGACAAAAUGAACAGAGAGGGCAAACACAGUACAAACAGAAAAUGGAAAACCAACACUGUGACUUUGAGCUAAGCCAGUCUGGGUUCAUUAUCAACCCCAAGUUUCCCCAGGUUGGAGCAUCACCUGAUGCAAUUGUACUGUGCACCUGCUGCGGAAAAGGCUGUGUCGAGAUAAAGUGCCCAUUCAAGUACCGAGACAAUACCAUUCUGGAGGCAUGCAGGAGUGGUGAUAAAAAUUUCUGUUUGGAAAUGGUGGAUGGUAAAGCUGCAGCUUAA